GCAGGGACACGGGUGAUGUCAGGGUUGCGGGUGACGGCAGGGACACGGGUGAUGUCAGGGUUGCGGGUGACUGCAGGGACACGGGUGAUGUCAGGGCUGUGUGCACAUCAGGCGCUUCCACGUCGCGACCUUGCUAAAGUCCAAGCCCGGCGCUGCUGUCACAGGCCUGCGUGGAAGCCACCGAGGCUGCUCGGCUGCAUAAAUAGCGGCCGAGCUCUCCCGGCACAUCAGGUACCGCACCCGGCGGCAGCGCAGGCAGCCCCGCUCAGCAUGGCGCCCAAGGCGGCCGCCCUCGUCCUGCUGCUCCUUGUGGCCUCAGGGGCACGGGCUGAUGUGAACCCGGACGAGGUGGCCGGCGUGCUCUGGAAGUAUUUCACCGAGCUGGGCAGCAAUGCCAAGGACACGGUGGAGCAGCUGCAGCAGAGCGAGCUCACCAAGCAGCUCAACACCCUCCUGGAGAGCAACCUGCGCGGCGUCAACGCCUACGCCGAGGACCUGCAGCGGCGGCUGGUGCCCUUCGCCGUGGAGCUGCAGGCGCGGCUGGCGCAGGACUCGCAGCGCCUCAAGGAGCAGAUCCGGCGCGAGCUGGAGGAGCUGCGCGCGCGGCUGGCGCCCUACGCCGACGAGGUGCACCAGCAGAUCGGCUCCAACAUCCGCCAGCUGCAGGCCAAGAUGAGCCCCUACGCCGAGGAGCUGCGGGAGCGCGUGGACCGCGGCGCCGGGGAGCUGCGGCGGGCGCUGGAGCCCUACGCGGCCGAGCUGCGGGACGCGCUGCAGGACAACGCUGAGGGAGCCCAGGCCGCGCUGCGCGCCCAGGCCGAGCGGCUGCAGGCGCAGAUCGACGGCGGCGUGGAGGCGCUGAAGGAGCGGCUGGCGCCCGUGGCCGACGAGCUGCAGGCGCAGGUGGCGCAGAGCGUGGCGGAGCUGCGGCGGGGGCUCGGCCCCUACGCGCGGGACGCGCAGGACGGGCUGGAGCGGCAGCUGCAGAGCCUGACGGCGCAGACGGAGCGUGUGGCACAGGAGCUGCGCGCCCGCCUGGCCGGCAGUGCCGAGGAGCUGCGCGCCCAGCUCAGCCCGCUGGCGCAGGAGCUGCGGCGGGCGGCCGACGGCGAGGGGCUGCGGCAGCAGCUCGGCCCGCUGGCCCAGCGGCUGGAGGACAGCGUGGCGCGGACGCUGGAGGCGUUCCGGCAGCGCGCGGCGCCCGUCGGGGAGAGCUUCGGGCGGCAGCUGGUGCAGCGGCUGGAGGAGAUGCGGGCCAAGCUGGACUCGGGCGCUGCCGGCGUGGAGGAUCACCUGGAGCUGCUGGAGAGGGAGGUGCGGGACAAGGUGGCCGCCUUCCUCAGCACCGUCCCACCGCCUGAGAACUGAGUCCCCAGGUGCCAUGGCGUGCCUGUCUGUCCCCCGGCGCCCGUGGCCACUGCCCGUGGCAGAAAUAAACUGGUCACUUCAGAUCCA